UAUGUCCCCAUUCUUCUGCAUCUAUAAAUAAACUACACAUGAAGCUGCCCUAAAGUCUCACAAUCAUUUCCACGAUGGCGUCCACUUGCGAUGGUUCGUUUAGGGAAGAACGAGACACUUUCGGCCCCAUUAAUGUCCCUUCCGAUAAAUUAUGGGGAGCUCAAACUCAGAGAUCGUUACAAAAUUUCGAUAUUGGAGGUCCGCGGGAACGAAUGCCCGAACCUAUUAUUCGCGCUUUUGGCAUCCUCAAAAAAUGUGCAGCCAAGGUGAACAUGGAGUAUGGUCUUGAUCCGGCUAUUGGAAAAGCCAUAAUGGAAGCGGCACAGGAAGUAGCCGAAGGAAAACUCAACGAUCACUUUCCGCUUGUUGUCUGGCAAACCGGAAGUGGCACUCAAAGUAAUAUGAAUGCUAACGAGGUUAUUGCUAAUCGAGCAGCUGAGCUUUUGGGACAUAAACGUGGAGAAAAGCUUGUACAUCCAAACGAUCAUGUUAACAAAUCUCAAUCUUCUAACGACACAUUCCCAACUGUAAUGCACAUUGCAGCAGCAAUGGAAAUAAACUCGAGAUUAUUACCCGAGUUAAAGAAUUUGCAUUCCACUCUGCAAUCAAAGUCCAAUGAAUUCAAAGAUAUUGUUAAAAUCGGUCGCACUCACACUCAAGAUGCGACGCCUUUGACUCUUGGACAAGAGUUUAGUGGAUAUGUUACACAGGUAAAGUAUGGAAUUGAUAGGGUUUCCUCAACCUUGCCCCGACUGUAUAAGCUUGCACAAGGUGGAACUGCCGUGGGAACAGGUUUAAAUACAAAGAAAGGGUUUGAUGUGAAAAUAGCUGCUGCAGUAGCCGAGGAAACAAAGUUGCCAUUCACCACAGCAGAAAAUAAGUUCGAAGCUUUGGCUGCACAUGAUGCCUUUGUUGAAGCUAGUGGAGCUUUGAAUACUUUAGCUGCAUCAUUCAUGAAGAUUGCAAAUGACAUUCGCUUUCUGGGAAGUGGUCCUCGAUGUGGCCUUGGUGAACUUAUUCUUCCUGAAAAUGAGCCUGGCAGCAGUAUUAUGCCUGGAAAGGUGAAUCCUACCCAAUGUGAGGCUCUUACUAUGGUCUGCGCCCAGGUUAUGGGCAACCAUGUGGCUAUCACAGUGGGUGGAUCAAAUGGUCACUUCGAACUCAAUGUGUUCAAGCCACUGAUGGCUAAUGCACUCUUACAUUCAAUACGGUUGCUGGGUGACGCAGCUGCUUCCUUUGAGAAGAACUGUGUGAAGGGAAUCCAAGCUAAUAAGGAAAGAAUAUCGAAAUUACUGCAUGAGUCUCUAAUGCUUGUGACAUCCUUGAACCCUAAAAUCGGUUAUGACAAGGCUGCAACAGUUGCCAAGACAGCACACAAAGAAGGCUGCUCCUUGAAGGCGGCAACGACCAAGCUCGGUCUGCUGACAGAAGAAGAAUUUGAAAGUCUCGUGGUGCCUGAAAAGAUGAUCGGUCCAUCUGAUUGAGGACCGGAUUUUAAUUAUGUUAUGAAAGAAUUGCUGUUAUGAAAGAACCCACUCAUUUCAUAACUCGACUUUAAUUAAUUCCAUAAUAAUC